CGUUCCUCCUCCCCACCCCACCCCAUUCCCCACUCCCCACACUCGCUCUGAUCCCCUCCGCCCCCACCAUGGCGGUGAAGGGGAAGGGCAAGCAGAUCGCCACCGACGACCCGGGCUCCUCCUCGGGCUCCAAGCGGCGCGGCGCCGGCCGCGGUGGCGCGGGCCCCUCGUCCUCCUCCGCCAAGCGCCGCCGCGGCCGCUCCGGCGUCCUCCAGUUCGUCGACGACGCCGCCGGCGUCGACGACGAGUACGAGGAGGACGAGGAGGAGGAAGAGGAGGAGGAGGCGGAGGAGUUGCAGGACGACCUCGACGACGGUUUCUUUACUGCGGGGAGGACAAAAGGUGUAAGAGUUGAAAGGUCACACCCUCUUCCAUUUCUUGGAAAUGUAAAGGAAGAGGAGCUGAGCGGUGAUGAACUUGAGCAAUUUAUCAAUGACCGUUACUCUAAUCGUGUGAGAUAUGCCGGUUAUGGUGGCUCUACUGAACAAUAUGAUGAUGAUGAGUCUACCAUGGAUGGUGUAAAAGAUCCUAUCAUCUGGAGGGUCAAAUGCAUGGUUGGGCGGGAGCGCCAAAUGGCUUUCUGCUUCAUGCAGAAGUUUCUUCAUCUGCAAAAGUUCGGUACCAAAGUGCCAAUUAUCUCAGCAUUCGCACUUGAUCAUGUGAGAGGAUCUGUUUUUGUUGAAGCUGAGAAGGCUUGUGACGUUACUGAGGCAUGCAAAGGAUUUUGCGAUGUUUAUGUAAACCGAACUAGUACUGUCCCAGUAGCUGAAGUUCGUAGCUUGCUAUCAACUCGUGCAAAACCAUUUGAAGUCUCUCCAGGUACAUGGGUGCGCAUGAAAAGUGGAAACUAUAAAGGAGAUCUAGCACAGGUUGUCAGUGCGGAUGAUGGGCGGAAAAAAGUGCUGAUAAAGCUUAUACCAAGAGUUGAUCUCCAUGCUAUUUCAAAAAAAUUCGGUGGUGCUAUUCCCCUAAAAGGUGCGGCAGUUCCUGCACCGCGACUAAUCAGCUCGCAGGAGCUAGAGUUCUUUGGACCUCAUAUCGAAAGUAAGCGUGAUCGUCAGACUGGUGAUGUUUUUGAAGUGCUUGAUGGUCUGAUGUUCAAAGAUGGUUUCCUGUAUAAGCGAGUUGCACUUAGUUCUUUGAUUUACUGGGGGAUACAACCAACGGAUACCGAGAUUCUCAAGUUCUCUUCUAGUCCAAGCAUUAAAAGUUCUGCCGAUGACAUGGAUUGGGUCUCCGGCAUCUAUGGUCAUAAUAAGAAAAGAAAUGUGCCCAGAGAACCGGAUAUGAAGAAAUCAGCAUCUUCUAAAGACAAAAGCUCCAAGGCAUCAAAUCUUAAAGGUUCCACUUCUACUGAAAACUGUGACGAUGAUGACGAUGAUGCUCAAUUCAACCUCCACGAUCUUGUAACCUUUGGCCGAAAAGAUUUUGGAGUGAUUAUUGCUGUUGAGAAAGAUGGUUUUAAGAUUUUAAAAGGUGGCCCUGAAGGAUCUGCUGUGACAGUUAGAAAGCAAGAUAUUAAGAAAGGAAUUGUAGACAAAAUGUUUACAGCUGUUGACCAUCAGAACAAGUCAAUAUCCAUGAAUGACACUGUUAAAGUUCUGGAAGGACCAGUUCAGGGCAAGCAAGGAGUUGUUAAACACUUGUAUAUGGGAAUACUUUUUAUAUAUGAUGAAAGCGAAAGUGAGAACAAUGGAUUUUUCUGUGCUCAGUGUGGGUCAUGUGAAAAUGUCAAGAAAAGGAGGGACGUGACAAAUUCGGACAACCCUGUUCCCAUGUUCUCGGAGUCAGCUUUCAUAUCAUCCGAGCAAAAUGAACAACGAAAUAAUGAAAGGCCUUACAGGGCACCCAGAGAACAACUCUUCCAAGUCGGAGAGGUGCUGCGUUUUCGAAGGGGUCCUUUGAAGGGUUAUCUCUGCCGUGUAGUUCGGAUAUUUAGAAAUGAUGUAACUGUUAAGCUAGAUUCUCUACUGAAGAUUGUUACAGUGCAAGCAGAGUUUCUCUCAGUCCCAACUAAAAGAGGGGAUAACUCGUCCAGUGCUCCAUCUGGUAACUUUGGAACUCAGGAUACACCAUUCACCGAAGCUGCUAAAACCUCAUGGGACAAUGGAUUUGCAUCUCUUGGCAGUGAUUCUUGGCAACCUUUUUCAAGUUCUGCGUUACCAGCCCAGAAUGCAGAUGGAGAAACAGAAGCUGAUCCCUGGUCUAAGAAACCAACAUCUUCUGCUGAUGGUGAUUCUGAUCCAUGGGGUAACAAAACAACAUCUGCAGCUGUUGAUAUGUGGAACAACAGCACUACACAAAAGGAAAGCUCCACCGACAAUGCCUGGGGUAAAGAAGCCGGAGGUGGUGGAUUUGAUGCUGGUGGCAGCUCUUGGGGUGGAGGAGCAGUCAACAAGGAUAGUGAAAAGAGUGGCAACUGGGGUGAGGCGUGCAAGCAGGUGGACAUGGCAACUGGUGGUGAUACAGAUCCUUGGGGCAGUAAGGUCAAAGAAGUAGUUACGAAAGAAGCAGAUAGCUGGGAGAAGUCAUCAUGGUCACCAGAGAAGAAGUUGGAGGGUGAUGGUCAAGGAUGGGGCCAACCUUUUGGCAAGUCAAACCAAGAUCAAGAAAAAGGCACAGUUCCGAAAGACGCAGACAAGGGUGGGUCUUGGGAUACCGCUGUUGCUAUUUGUGUUGGCUCAGAUGAUAAUGAUGCCUGGGCUAAAUCUGCUGCUUUGCCUGUUGCUCAAGAUGAUGCUUGGGGGAAGUCAAAAGAGUCGGGCCAAAACAGUGGCUCUGGAGGUUGGGAUACUGUUGCUGUGGGCCAAGGACAAGAUGAAGCAUGGGGCAAUCCAAAAGAUUCAGGUGCCAAGUCUGAAGAAACAAAUAAUGGAAGUGGGAACUGGAACAAAGCUGGCUCAUCAGACCAAGUUGGUGGCAGUGAUUGGGGUAAACCGACUGGCGGUGCUGGUUCAUCAAGCUGGAACAAGGGAGAGGCAGCUGAGGGGGAUAAUCAGAAUAGCACCUGGAGCAGACCUGCUGGAAACUUUGAAGGUGGCCGUGGGUUCGGGCGAGGACGUGGGAGAGGCCGGGGCCGGGAAUCUUGGGAUUCUGGUGACAGAAAUGACGAAGAAAGCUGGAAGGGCUCAUGGCGUAAUGACAGUUCUGCAAAGCCCUCUUGGGGGUCUGAUACACAGGUAGGUAAUGAAGGUGGAGAUUCUGGUGGAUACCGUGGGAGGGGAAGAGGGAGGGGCCAAUAUGGAGGACGAGGGGGAGGAAGAGACAAUGGUUGGAGAAAUGGAGAUCGAGGUAGUUCUGAGUUUGGAAAGGAAAGGAGCAGUAGUGAUACACCAAACUGGGGAAGCAGUCAGCCUUGGAGUGCCAAUGAAGGCACCAAGCCAUGUGAUGAAAAUCAGACUCCCGCUUGGAACUCCUCGGAGGAUAAAAAACUGUCUGGAGGCGAGCAAGGUGAUCCUUGGGCGAGCAAGGUGACUGCUAAAGGCCAAGAACAACAAACUGAUGCUUGGUCAAGCAAGGCUGCAGGUGCUGAGAACAAUGAUGGCUGGAAUACGAAGGCGAAAGAGUCUUCCUGUACCACUGGGGCAAAAUGGGAGGAUGCUGCAUCAGGUGAAAAACAACAAGAUGAUCCGUGGUCAAACAAGACCAGCUCUACUACUAAAGAGCAAGAAACUGAUCCGUGGGCAAGCAAGGUGUCUUCUACUGCAGCAGAGGAAAAAGCUGACCCCUGGAGUACUAAAGGGGGCAAUGGGAAUGAUGGGGGUUGGAACAAUGCUGGCUCGUCUUCUUGGGGCAAACCAAGUUCCUCAAGUGGAGAUCAAGAACCUGCUUGGAACAAGCCAAAAUAUGGUGAUGAUAAUGCUGGAUAUGGUAGGGGUGGAUUUGGACGUGGGAAUCGUGGCAGAGGUAGGGGAAGGUUUGGGGACAGUGGAUCUUCAUGGAAUGGAGGAGGCAACACAAAUGAUGGAUCAGGUGGAGGAAGGUCUGAAGAUCAGUGGAACAGUAGGGAUUCCGAUGGUGGCAGAGGAAGGGGUAGAGGCCGCUUUGGUCGAGGUGAUCGCAAUCAAGGUAACAACUUUGGGUCAGGAGACGGGGAUGGUGGCAGUUGGGGCUCUGGCAGGGGAAACAGAGGCCGUGGUGGUGGUUACAGAAACAAUGGAAAUGACAACAAUGAGGGAAGGGCCUCCAGUCAAGACCGAGGUGGUGGCUGGUCUCACUCUUCUGCCUGGAAUGCUGAUAAAAAGGGAAGCACUGAAGAGGAUCAAUCUUUCUCAAAGGGCAAGUCCAGCUGGGGGAGUGGCAACAACGAUAGCUGGGGAGCUCCAAAACCAUCUGGUGGAGAUGAUCAGGCAGGAAAGAAGGAUGGAAACAACACCUGGAGUCAAAACAAGCCAUUUUCUGGCGAUGGGUCCUCUAUCCUGGGCCAGUGGGCUCCUGCUGGCGGCACCACCGCUGGUACUGGAGGAUCCGCAGGCGGAGGAGGAUCAUGGGGAAAGAGCAAUGAAAUAGCUGGAAUUCUUCAAAAGGAACUGGAGGCUCAGAAGGUGGUUCGAAGAAGGAAGGAUCCUGGGACAAGGCCGAAGGGGGCGGGAGCCAAGGCGGCGGUGGCGGCAGUUCCUGGGACAAGGCGGCCAGUGGCGGAUGGGACAGCAACAAGGGCGGGGAUGCCGGCAAUGGUGGUGGCAGUGGGUGGUACUUGUUCCAGAAUCAGCUGUGCCUGAUUUUGGUGUGUACAUAAGGGUUAGCGCUAUGCACGUCUCGGCGCUCUAGCACCCUGUGCUGGUUGGUUCCAUUGGCCAUGCUAACUGAACCUUUAGAAGAACAUGGCCUAGCUGGGCAAAACGUCCCCUCAUGCUGGCAGUAAUAUACUAGUAGUGCCAGCAGAACGUUUCGUGGUACCUGCAGUAACUUAUAUAAGUACCUUAUUAUA